CCAUUCAGUUCAGUUUCAGUCGUUGUAAUGAAUGUUAGGAACUUGUAAAUCCUGUAUUCCAAAUUAUUGUAUUCGUAAAGGCAAAAGCCCAGAUAAAUCGCCUUUUGCAUGUGAUUGAACCACUGAAGGCCACUAGCGACCACCGAACGGACUACCAUCGAUUGGCCAGCGAAGGAGCUCAGAAAAAAAAAAGCAAAGAGACUCGGGGAAGAGAUCACUAUGGACCAACAGCCACCUUUUGUGGACAUGGGCGAUCGCGGCGAUGGCUUCCAGCUGACCGAGAACGGAAACAGCCAUUGGCAGGCGACGCGGGACAGGAUCCGGGAUCGUUUGCGGGAGCAGGAGCGGAGCCGGGAGCGGGCCAGGGAGCGUACCAGGGAGCGGAGCCUGGAGUGGGAGAGGAUCAGGCCUCCGGACGAGCAAUCCGGACGCCUGGCAGCCGCGGCCAAGAACGCCAUUCCGGCGGUACUACGUCUUGUCAAGGAACUCCAUGUAAUGGAGACCGAUCCGCCGGAGAACACGUGGGCGCGGCCCAAGUCGAUGAGCAACCUGCUCAGGUGGCGGGCCAAGAUCCGGGGACCCGAGGGCAGUCCCUACGAGGGCGGGAUCUUCGAGCUGUCGAUGAGCUUCCCGGAGGCCUAUCCCUUCGAGGCGCCCAUCGUGCGCUUCACCACGCCCCUCUACCACUGCAACGUGAACGGGCUGGGCUACAUCUGUGUGGACAUCCUGGACGAGCAGCAGUGCUGGUCGCCGGGACUCACCGUGGACAAGCUGCUGCUGUCGCUGUCGGCGCUCCUCAACGAUGCAGAUCCGCUGACCGCUUACAAUGCAGAGGCCGCUGGGCAGUAUCUGCAAGAUCGCGAGCGGUACGAUCAGAUCGCCCGCUCCUGGACCGAGCGUCAUGCCAUGGACGUGCCAUGGGAUUGAGUGGCUCCCAGUUUCGUAGUCCAUCGAUGGGUCGAGCGUGGUGCUGGAAUAGUUUUGGACAAGUUUUCGAUUGUGAUGCAGAUUGAAUUUUGGAAUAAACACGCUGGUGUGUCCUCUGUACAACAUA